AUGUCCGAGAAACGUCCUUUCCCCGGCGACAGCCUAGACGAUGGCCAUGAUUCAAAACGACCCCGAUCAGCCCAGGCAUCACCAGCGCCGGACAACGAUGUCGAGCGCAAAAAGCGCGAGGUCGCCGAGCGCAUCGCCGCCAUGAAGGCUCGCAUGUCAAAUAAGGGAGGCCCUGCUGCGACUGCACCCGCUGCGAUCCCCGCCGCCGCUCCCNCUUCAAGCUCGACGAACGAUAUGCAAGCUCGUAUUGCUGCCAUGAAAGCCCGUCUACAAGGAAAUGCUGCCCCAGCCUCGUCCUCUGCCGCACCUGCGCCUGCUUCUUCGUCCCCUGCACUCUCCUCGGAAGACGCCAAAAAGGCACAGAUCCAGGCUCAACUUGCUGCCAUCAAGGCCAAAAUCGCACAAAGGCAGCCGCAACAACCUCAAACCGAUAUCCCCACACGUCCUGCCGCUCAAUUCCAAUCCCCUGGCCUCGCGCCUUCUCCUCCGAUUCGAGAUGAUACUGCGGCACGCGCAAGAGGUGGGUUGAACGUUGGCUUGCAUCCAAGUCUGUUGGGUGGCCCAUCAAGGUCUGGCAACAACAAANAACAAAAGGACGAACCUACAAAACACAACCCGUAUCUGGCUGGGGACGAUCAGAGAGCCGCUUUGCAGAACGAACCAUUUUACGACCCUUCUUUGCAGAAACAGAAGGAUCGCAAGUCCAAACAGCUGCUCUUCAAUCAGAAGGGUAAGUUCAUGGCACAGGCUGAAGCUUUAAGACAACAGGCGAGGAUCGAACAGAUGGCCAAGGAGAUGCAAGAACAAGCACGGAAACAGGCCAUCGAAGAGGCCACUGAGAAGUCCUUCCUUGUGCCACCCCCACCGGAAAUUGAGUGGUGGGAUGAAGGUCUUGUGACAGGAGGCAAUUACGAGAAUCUCGAAGCUCCAGACAAAAUCAACAUGGACGUAAUCACAAGAUACGUCCAACAUCCCGUUCUACUUUCCGCUCCUCAGGAUGCCAACGUACCGGCUCCGAAGGCCAUGUACCUUACCAAACAGGAGCAAAAGAAGGUUCGACGACAACGCCGCAUGGCAGACCACAAAGAAGAGCAGGCGAAAAUCAGACUUGGGCUCAAAGCCCCGCCUCCGCCAAAGGUCAAGAAAUCAAACCUUAUGCGUGUAUUGGGUAAUGAAGCUGUCAAGGAUCCUACUGCCGUCGAAGCUCGUGUCAAUCGCGAGAUUGCUCAGCGUGCAGAAGAUCACGAGACCGCCAAUGCCGAGAGACAAUUAACAAAAGAGCAGCGCCUCGAGAAGUUGGCUGCUCAACAAGAAGCAGACGCCACCCUUGGCAUGAGAGUACUCGUCUUCAAGAUUGACAAUCUGAGUUACGGAAAACACCGUUUCCAGAUCAACAAGAAUGCCGAGCAGCAAGCCUUGACAGGCAUCACCAUUUUCCAUCCCAAGAUGAAUCUAGUGGUCGUCGAAGGUGGUACCCACAGUAUCAACGCAUACAGGAAACUCAUGCUCAACCGCGUAAAGUGGACCGAAAACGCCAUGCCGCAAAGUGUGCGCGAGGGUAAUUCAGAAGCCAAUGCUGCAUGGCUGAAUGCUUUCGACGAGGAUGGCAAACUCAAGGACAACACAUCCAACAGGUGUCAGCUUGUCUUCGAGGGUGAGGAGAAACAGCGGGCUUUCAAGCGCUGGAUGCCGUACAAGGCUUGCGAGACGGACGGUGAAGCCAAGGACGUGCUGAGCAGGUACAAGAUGGAGAAUAUGUGGACAUUGGCACAAUCUCCAGCAUUCCAAUAA